UAAAAUGUCAUGGUUUGUGGGAUAUUCUUUAAAGAAAAUGCAAGUCUUGCUGGUGUGUAUGUUUGUUGCCUCCUUUAUUGGAGUUAACUCACAAAGUGAGCCUCCAAUUGUGCAAACUUCAACUGGACCAGUCCUCGGAUCACCCACUGUCAUCAACCCCAACCUAACGGUGCUCUCCUUCAAAGGAAUACCUUACGCAGAACCACCAGUUGGUAACCUACGUUUCGAGCCUCCAGUGGCGAAAUCUCCGUGGAACGACACACUAAAAGCCACAGACUACGGCAGUUCAUGCAUCCAAGAAGACGGGUCGGGUAACGAGGACUGCCUCUACCUCAACGUCUUCACCCCUAAACUUGAUGGUAACUUGCCCGUCAUGGUUUGGGUUUACGGAGGCGCAUUUAUAAACGGUGACGGCAUAAAUGACCCGUCUUACGUCCUGGAAAAAGACGUGGUGUUCGUGUCGUUCAACUAUCGCAUUGGCAUAUUGGGAUUUGUGAGCACGGAGGACUUGGUGGCGCCCGGAAACGCCGGUCUCAAAGACCAGGUGUUGGCGUUGAAGUGGGUGCAAAGUAACAUCGCCAAAUUCGGAGGUGACCCUCAGAAAAUCACGAUUUGGGGUGAAAGUGCUGGAAGCGCUUCCGUUUCGUAUCUGACACAAUCGAAUCUAACUAGAGGUUUGUUCCAGGGAGCGAUUAUGGAAAGUGGCUCAAGUCUUUGCUCUUGGGGUUUGACCAGGGAUGCAAGGGCAACAGUUUUCGCUCUUGGAAAGAGAUUAAAGAUUGACACAACCAACUCCACAACAUUGAUAAAUGGAUUGAAGCAAAUUGGAGUGCAAGGUCUUCAUAAUUCUUCUUCUGCUAUUUAUUUAUACACUAUUGGUACAAGGAACCCUUUGAGCGGACUUCCAUAUGGACCAGUUAUGGAACCAGACCACGAAGGUGCCUUCUUUUCAAGUAAAAGUCACGAGUUGUUGCAAAAUGGUGGCUUCCACAAGGUUCCAAUGAUUAUAGGUUACAAUUCAGAAGAAGCUGUCUCUGCUUCUGCCAUACCAGAUUUGCUGAAGUUAUUACUGGCAAAAUACGAUUUUCAACCAUCCAACUUAGUACCUGACGACAUGAACAUAAAAUCCGGUUUUGCCAAGUGGUUAGUGGGUAAUAUUAUUAAAUUCCGUUACUUCGGACUCGAUCUUAUUCUGUCCAGCAGCUCAAAACUAGCACAGUUCAUCAGUGACGAUCAGUUUAAUAGACCAAUCACAGAAACAGUCCGCCUUCAAUCAAUGUUAACGCCAGUAUACUUCUAUGUCUUCUCCUACCAAGGCGUCUUGGGUACCACCUCCAACAGGACAAUGCCGGGUGUUGGUCACGCUGAGGAGCUACGAUAUCUGUUCAAAGGCAACGAAACCAACAUUAAUGCAUCAGACCAAAGAACUAUUCAAAGGAUGACCACGAUGUGGACGAAUUUCGCUAAAUUCGGUACGCCUACUCCAGAAAAGGUCUCCCUGUUGGAUAAUGUCAUUUGGAAGCCAGCAAGAUCAUCAAAUAUGUCAUCAGAUCUCACCUACAUGAAUAUUGGAACAAACUUAACACUUGGAGUUAAUCCUAAUGACAGAGCCAUACGUUUUUACCAAUAUUUGUAUAACAUAUUCGGGAAUCCCCCUUAUACCUCAUAUUAGAUUAACAUUUUAUAACAAUAAUUUAUUUCAUUUAAAAUAAAACAACCAUUAAAAGUA